GCAGGCACGGGCCUCUCGCUGUCGCAGGUCAACUCGCCUCGCUCCGUUCGCAGAACCGAGGCGAUAAUUAAGAAUCUAUUCAUUCACUCAAUCAUUCGUUCCUUCGGAAAACCAAGAUUCCUGUGGGUACGAGCGUCAGCCAUGGGAACAGACCAAUAAGCUUGUCCUUGGCCGUGCCGGCCGGCGUGAGAUGGUGAGGCGGCCAUGGUAGUAGUGAUCGGCGCCGGAGAGGCCGGCCGCGGCGGAGAACGGCCGGUGCCGGACGGGGAGGUGGCACUGGCACAGGCACACGUUGUGGUCAACGUUGCCGGCGGGCGCGCUGCGGCCGAUCAUCAGGAGCGGCUGGGGCCUGGGUGCAGGAUCUGCCACCUGCCGGACGGGGACGGCGAGCUGCCGGAGCGGCUGAGAGGGCGGCUGGUGAGGCUCGGCUGCGGCUGCCGCGGCGAGCUGGCGGCGGCGCACCGGCGCUGCGCCGAGGCGUGGUUCUCCGUCCGGGGCAACAGGCGUUGCGAGAUUUGCGGUGAGAACGCGGUGAACAUCACCGGCGGCGGUGGCGGCAAGGAGUUCAUACGGCAGUGGCACGACACGGCGGCGGCCGUGGACGGCGGAGGCUUAUCCAAGGCGUGCGGUGGCUUCUGCAGGAACCAGUCGUUCUGCAACCUUCUAAUCGCGUUGCUCAUCGUCGUGUUCCUCUUGACGUGGUUCUUCCAUAACCACAUCCACAUGGUUUGAAGUCAUAAUUUUAGAAUGAUUUGAAAUCUUUAAAGAGUUUCAUGUACCGGUGCUGUCUAUAUAUUGUGAAAAAUCUUGGAGGGCUGGUGCCGGCCGUGGUGGAAAAUUUGUAGAUUCUAAGCAAAUCUUGAGAAAAUUGAAAGUAUCCGAGUUCCAAAUAUUCGUAAUCGGAGUCGGAUACGGAUGGUAGUGCAUUGCAAAUGUUAUUCAGUAUCUAUCCUACCAUACAUUCUUUU